AUGCCGGAUCCUUUUGUGAAAUGUGAAAUCCAUGAGAAGAAGGUCAUGCUGAGCGUCUGGUCUACUACGCUCAAGUGCAAAGACUGGCCAACAAGAUUCGCGAUUCGCAAAGAGCACCCGAAGCUCGACAACCCCUCAUAUCGUGAAGAAGACUUCCCAGAAAAUUCUGGAGCUCGGACGGGAAGUUCUACCGCAUCCACCGUACAGCCCGGUCCUGGCUUCGAGCGACCACCUCCUCUUCUGAUCGCUUCAGCAUCACCUAAAGAGAAGCGCUACGAUGAUCGUGACCACCUCGAAAAUGACCUUCGGGCUUUCUUCACCUCCAUGUCUACGGAAUUCUACGCCAAAGGAAUCCGUGAUCUUAUGAGACGUUGGCAGAAGGUUGCCGAUGUUGAUGGAGAUUAUUUCGUUGUUGUUGUGAAAUUGUGA